AAUUAGCAAUACAUUUAGCAAUUAGAAAUUAAAUAAAAUGGGGCUUUGAGUUCGAUAAAAUCUUUCCUGCUCAAUUUUAAUGAGGAACAAAGCUAUUCCCCUGGGAUUCAAAUAAACUAUUGUUCUGCAUAAACAUGCAGUCGUUAUUGUCACCGAUCAUUACAAUUUGAGAAUUAGAAAAUUGGUAAAUUACAUGCAGUGUUAAAUGAUCUGAAAACCAUUAAUUCACACGGAAGCUCUAGACCUAUUUAAACUUACUACAAUAUACAUGUAUUUUAAAGUUAUAAUCUAACAUGGAACGUAUAAAGUCUAUUGUGGUUUUGCUGCUGCUGUUACUGCCUCAAUUUUAUUUGGGUUCUGUGGGAUAUAGCCAUCGGCAUCCUGGCUUCGCCCAACGCUUGCAGAUUAAGCCCGGCUGCUUGCAGGUGCCUCAGAAAUACACCGAAGCGCCAACUCCAACACCGACAAUAAUAUUUUCUUCGCUGGAGGAGGUCAACAGCGCAGAGGCAGACUAAACAUAUCAGAAAAUAAGUUCCCCCCGAGUGUGAGUU